CACUUAAUAACUAGUAAAUACCAUAAAUGUCAAAACAGUGCAUACUUUCCACAGACUGGACUCUGAAACGCAUGAAUCACUUGAAAAACAAACUUAAUAUUGAUUUGACAUUUUAAUUCAGUUGUACUAUUUGUUCGCUAUAUAUACGCCACACACAGUGUAUACCCCGGGUAUAUACAUGUAUAUAAAGUCCGUACACUUAACAGUGAAACGCAUACUAACCGUAAACACGGCGCUCAACGCUAUACGCUAUAAAUCGGUGCAAACUAUACGACCACUCGUUGUCUCCCAUAAUAAGCCAUUGAGUGAUAAAACUCCGCAAAACUUGCUAUUAAUUGGUCUGAAGUCGCGAACUAUGGCUACAAAUGAUCCCAAAACAGCCAAAACUCUGUACGAGUUCACCGCCAAAGACAUCGACGGCAAUGAGGUAUCACUGGACAAAUACAAGGACCACCCGGUGCUGGUGGUGAACGUGGCUACGAGGGGCAGGGCCUACGCAUACUGGCGUUNACUGGCGUUCCCCUCGAACCAGUUCAACGGUCAGGAACCGGGAUGUGAUAUCGACAUCAAAGAGUUCGCUAAGAAAAAUGACGUCAAGUUUGAUAUGAUGUCCAAAAUCGAUGUCAACGGUAACAGCGCCCACCCUCUAUACCAAUGGCUGAAGAACCAGAAGGGAGGCCUACUUGGCUUCGACGCCAUUAAAUGGAAUUUCACGAAGUUUUUGAUCGACAAAAACGGCGUUCCCAUCAAACGGUUUGGCCCGACCACUGAGCCCAAGGACUUGGAAAAGGACGUCAAGGCUCAGCUGUAAGCUACUUGUCAUCCCGACCCGCCAAAGACCUCCCGUUCCCCUCCCAUUUCAACUUAUUAAUUGGUGGACAGACACCUAUAGUCUAGUAUAUAUAUACGGUAUGUCGUGCUAUAGUAGACACGGAAACGAAUUUUUAACUAUUAAUUGAUUUGUUAAUUAAAUACUUAUUUAUAUUAACAAUGAGUUUAUAAUAACUUAGGUUUUGAUUUUGUAUGCAAU